UCAAUUUUACUUAUAUUUAAAAACGAAGGGAGUAAUUAAUUAUAUUUAAAAAAUAGAUAUUAUAAGUCCUUAGAAAAUUUAAACUCUGGGCAAUUUUGAAAGUGAGAAGAGGAAUUUUCAUUUCACUAGCUUUGUUGAUAACUGGACCAAUAGAGGUUUGAUCCAUUGCAUCUCUCUACCACCCAUUUAAUAUAUCAGCGAAACUUUCCAAUUCUCCUUAAUAUCUUACUGUCUUCUAAGAGUUGACGUCGCGCGAACACAGCGAGUCAAUGUCUUCUUCAUCCUCCUCCACUCCUCAAUGGGUAUACGACGUGUUCCUCAACUUCAGGGGGGAAGACACUCGUUCCAGUUUCGUUUCUCAUCUCCAUGCAGCACUCUCAAAUGCUGGAAUCAACACUUUUCUUGACGACAAAAAGCUUGAAAAGGGAGAGGAGCUGGGACCAGAACUGUUGCGAGCAAUAGAAGUUUCUCGUAUUUCUAUCAUUGUUUUCUCCAAAAGCUAUAUCACAUCUAGUUGGUGUCUUAAAGAGCUUGAACAAAUUAUGAAAUGCCGCAAAAAUUAUGGACAGGUGGUUAUGCCCAUAUUUUACCACGUUGACCCAUCGGCUUUGCGUCAUCAGAAAGAUGGUUAUGGAAAAGCUUUGCAAGCAACUGCAAAAAGAAGACCCUCUGGAGGCGAAAGGAGGAAAUAUGCUUUGUCCAAUUGGAAGAUUGCACUAACCGAAGCUGCAAAUAUAUCUGGUUGGGAUAUCAACAAAUCCAGCAACGAAGGUGAACUAAUGCCUCUGAUUAUUGAGGACGUCAGGAGAAAAUUAAACAGCAGAUUAAUGUCUAUUACUGAAUUUCCAGUUGGAUUGCACACACGUGUGCAACAAGUGAUUCAGUUUAUUGAAAAACAAUCAAGCAAAGUUUGCAUGAUAGGGAUCUGGGGUAUGGGUGGAUCAGGUAAAACAACAACAGCCAGAGAUAUCUACAACAAAAUUCAUCGCAAAUUUGUAGAUCACAGUUUCAUUGAAAAUAUUAGAGAAGUUUAUGAAAAGGAAAAUAGAGGGAUUACUCAUUUACAAGAACAACUUCUUUCUAAUGUCUUGAAAACAAUUGAGAAGAGAUUUAUGAGGAAAAAGACACUCAUUGUACUCGAUGACGUGAGCACAUUAGAGCAAGUAGAAGCCCUAUGUAUAAAUUGUAAAUGUUUUGGUGCGGGAAGUGUAUUGAUUGUUACAUCUAGGGAUGUACGCAUACUUAAGUUACUUAAAGUUGACCGUAUCUAUAACAUAAAGGAAAUGGAUGAAAACAAGUCCCUUGAGCUUUUCUGUUGGCAUGCUUUUAGAGAACCAAGUCCGAAAGGAGACUUCAGUGAACUCUCAAGAAGAAUAGUUGUUUACUGUAGAGGAUUACCACUGGCUCUUGAAGUCAUUGGAUCUUACUUGCGUGACAGGACAAUACAAGAAUGGAUAAGUGUAUUAUCAAAGUUAGAGAGAAUACCCGAUGAUAAAGUGCAUGAGAAACUAAGAAUAAGCUAUGAUGGUUUAAAGAAUGAUACAGAAAAGGAUAUAUUUCUUGACAUAUGUUGUUUCUUUAUUGGUAAGGACAGAGCAUAUGUUUCAGAGAUUAUAGAUGGUUGUGACUUUUAUGCUGGUAUUGGAAUAACUGUCCUCAUAGAGAGAAGCCUCCUAAAAAUUGAAAAGAGUAACAAACUUGGAAUGCAUAGUUUGCUAAGAGACAUGGGAAGAGAGAUUGUUCGUAAAAGAUCAAUAAAAGAGCCUGGGAAGCGUAGUCGAUUGUGGUUUCACAAGGAUGCACAUAAAGUAUUGACAGAAAAGACGUUCCCCUUCCAAUCUCUAUUUUUUCUUCACAUACAUGGAACAGAAACUGUGGAAGGAUUGGUUUUGAUGUCGCAAAACACCAACGAUGUUUGCAUCGAGACUAAUACCUUCAAGGAGAUGAAGAAUUUGAGACUUUUAAAACUUCAUCAUGUUGAUCUUACUGGAGCUUUUGGGUUUCUUUCUAAAGAAUUGAGAUGGCUCCAUUGGCAGGGAUUUACUCAUGAAUAUAUACCUGAUGACUUUUUUUUGGGAAAUCUAGUUGUUUUUGAGUUGAAACACAGCAAUAUUAAACAAGUUUGGAAUGAAACCAAGUUGAUGAAGAACCUGAAAAUUCUCAAUCUCAGUCAUUCCAAGUACUUGACAAGCACUCCUGACUUUUCAAAAUUACCGAAUCUAGAAAAGCUCAUUAUGAAGGACUGUCCAAGCUUGUCUGAGGUACACCAGUCAAUUGGGGGUCUGAGGAAUCUUCUUCUGAUAAAUUUGAAAGAUUGUACAAGUCUUAGCAAUCUCCCAAAGAAGAUAAAUCAAUUGAAGUCUUUGACAACUCUCAUCAUUUCUGGUUGUUCAAAGAUUGACAAGUUAGAAGAAGGCAUAGUGCAGAUGGAAUCCUUAACAACACUGGUCAUAAAAGAUACAGGUGUGAAAGAGGUGCCGUAUUCAGUGGUAAGAUUGAAAAGCAUCGGAUAUAUAUCUCUAUGUGGAUAUGAAGGAUUAUCAGAAGAUGUUUUUCAUUCUAUUAUUCAGUCUUGGAUGUCACCAACAAUGAAUAAUUUGCCCCAUAAUAACCUGGACUUUCUAAAACCAAUAGUUAAGAGCCUUGCACAACUCAGAACUGUUUGGAUACAAUGCCACUCAAAGAAUCAACUAACUCAAGAAUUAAAAAUAAUUUUUGAUGAUCAAUAUUAUAUUAAUUGUACUGAAUCCGAAGCAUUGCAAAUCCCAAAUACUUCCUCGAGAUCGCAGUUAAUUGGAAUGGGAAGUUGUCGCACAGUCGUGUAUACUCUUGGCAACAGCAUGUCACAGGGAUUAACAAUCAACGAUUCGGGCAAUUUUUUCCUUCCGAGCGGCAAUUAUCCUUCUUGCUUAGUCUAUACAAGUGAAGGACCUUCAACACCAUUUCAAGUUCCUAAGGAUAUUGAUUGUUACAUGGAGGGAAUAGUCUUAUGCGUUGUUUAUUCAUCAACAUCUGAAAACAUGGCAGGUGAAUGUCUCACUAGUGUCUUGAUUAUUAAUUACACAAAGUGCACCAUCCAAAUUUACAAGCGAGACACUGUAGUGUCCUUUAAUGAUGAAGAUUGGAAGAAUGUAACAUCAAAUCUAGGACCUGGUGAUGAUGUGAAGAUUUAUGUAGCUUUUGAGCAUGGAUUGAUUGUUAAGAAAACAACAGUUUAUCUAAUAUCUGGCCAGUCGAUUAUUAUGGAAGUGGAUGAAGCUAACAUGGAAAUGGAGCCAUCGGAGGAAGUGAAUGUGCAGCCGUCCCAUGAAGCGAAUGUGCAGUCAUCACCUAUCAUGAAAAUGAAGCAAUUAUCAAAGCCCAAUAAAAGUAUAUUUGCGAGUAUUCCGAACAAAAUGGGUGCAUUUUUCUGCUUGAACAACGUUGACUUCAAUUCCUGGCUUUCCUGUGGAAUCAAAUUAAUGGAUUCUUCUUCAUCGUCCUCCAAUCCUCGAUGGAUACACGACGUGUUCAUUAGUUUUAGAGGAGAAGAUACUCGUAAGACGUUCGUUUCUCAUCUAUAUGCUGCCCUCACAAAUGCUGGAAUCAACACUUACACAGACAGCCAACUUCACAAGGGAGUGGAGCUAGGACCAGAAUUGUCCCAAGGAAUAGAAUGGUCUCAUAUAUCCAUUGUUGUUUUCUCCAAAAGAUAUACCGAAUCUUGUUGGUGUCUUAACGAAUUGAAAAAGAUCAUGGAAUGCUACAGAACUCAUGGCCAUGUGGUUGUCCCAGUAUUUUACGAUGUUGAUCCAUCUGUUGUGCGCUACCAGAAGGGCGAUUUCGGGAAAGCUUUGCUAUCAACAGCAAAAAAAAUAUACUUUCACUCGGGAGAGGAAAGGCUGGAAUAUGUUCUGUCUAGGUGGACGAGUGCACUCACCGAAGCUGCUAAUUUGGCUGGUUGGGACGUCAACAAUUGCAGGAAUGAAGGUGAACUAAUGCAGCAAAUUGUGGCGGACGUUUUGGAAAAACUAGAUAGUGCAUUCUUGCCCAUUACCGGAUUGGAAAAACUAAAUUGUGGCGGACGUUUUGGAAAAACUAAUGCAGCAAAUUAUGCUCACUUUGAGUACUAUCUUGUGAUUGAGUUUAUUGUAACUCAGCCGAGCAAAGUUUGUAUGAUGGGAAUAUGGGGAAUGGGUGGGUUGGGUAAAACAACCACAGCCAAAGCCGUCUACAACCAAAUCCAUCGCAAAUUUGAGGAUAAAAGUUUCAUCGAAAAUAUUAGAGAAGUUUAUGAAAAAUAUAGUACUGGGAUUAUUCAUUUACAACAGCAACUUCUUUCAGAUAUCUUGAAUUCAAAGGAGAUUAUACAUAGCAUUGCAUCGGGGACCUCUACGAUAGAGAGAAGACUUCAAGGGAAAAGGGCGCUUGUUGUGCUUGAUGAUGAAAUGAACGAAAGGGAGUCCCUUGAGCUUUUCAGUUGGCAUGCUUUCAGACGACCUAUUCCAAUAAAAGACUUCAGUGAACUCUCAAGAAACGUAGUUGCUUAUUGCAGAGGAUUACCACUGGCUCUGGAAGUCCUAGACAGAGCUUACGUAACAGAGAUACUUAAUGGCUGUGGACUUCAUGCUGUUAUUGGAAUAGCGAUCCUCAUAGAACGGAGCCUUGUAAAAAUGGAAAAGAAUAACAAAAUUGGAAUGCAUGAUUUAAUAAGAGACAUGGGAAGAGAAAUUGUUUGUGAAAGUUCAACAAAAGAGCCUGGAAAGCUUAGUCGACUAUGGUUUCACCAGGAUGCACAUGAUAUUUUGACCAAAAAUUCUGGAACAGAAACUGUAGAGGGAUUGAUUUUGAGGUUUGAAAGAACCAGCAGAGUUUGCUUCAGUGCUGAUUCUUUCAAGGAAAUGAAGAAUCUGAGACUUCUACAACUUGAUAAUGUGGACCUGACUGGAGAUUAUGGGUAUCUUUCUAAAGAACUGAGAUGGGUCCAUUGGCAGAAAAGUAGAAUUUUAACAUUUAUCUUCUUGCAGUUGCUAUGGAAUCUGAAAAUUCUAAAUCUGAGUUAUUCCAAGUAUUUAAAAACCACUCCAGACUUUUCAAAAUCACCGAAUCUAGAAAAGCUCAUCAUGAAGAAUUGUCCAUGCUUGUCUAAGGUACACCAGUCCAUUGGAGAUCUCAAUCGUCUUCAUAUGAUAAAUUUGAAGGACUGUAGAAGUCUUCAAAAUCUCCCAAAGAAUAUAUACCAAUUGAAAUCUUUGAAAACUCUCAUACUUUCUGGUUGCUCAAAGAUUGACAAAUUGGAAGAAGACAUAGUGCAGAUGGAAUCCUUGACAACACUGAUUGCAAAGGAUACAGGUGUGAAAGAGGUGCCCUAUUCAAUAGUAAGAUCAAAAAGCAUUGGAUAUAUAUCCCUAUGUGGAUAUGAGGAUUUUCACGUGAUGUUUUUCCCUCUAUCAUUUGGUCUUGGAUGUCACCAACCAUGAAUUCUCUACCCCGUAUUUCCCCAUUUGGAAAUAUGACUUUAUCUCUAGCUUCCAUAAAUGUACAGAAUAAUAAUUUGGGCUUUCUAUCGACAAUGGUUAGGAGCCUUUCACAGCUCAGAGCUGUUUGGUUACAAUGCCGCUCAAAGAUUCAACUAACUCGAGAAUUACGAAGAAUUCUUGAUGAUCAAUGUGAUGUAAAUUUUACUGAAUUGGAGUCAUCACAUGCAUCACAAGUCUCAAAUCUUUCCUCGAGAUCGCUAUUGAUUAGAAUAGGAAGUUGCCACGUAGUCAUCAAAACUCUUGGAAAGAGCAUAUCACAGGUUCCUUCUCUAUCCUCUUGGCUUUUUUACCCUUUAUUAUAUUAUAAAGGUUAAUAGUGUUUUUCAUCCCUGUAAUAUAGGUUAUUUCCGGUUUUCGCCCUUAUAAAAUUUUCGGUUUGAUUUGCAUCCUUGUAAAAAAAAAAAUUCCGGAAAACACCCCUCCUCCAUCCAACUCAUCAAAUGCGCAUAUGUGGCGCUGACUUGGCUUUUUUUUUUAAUUUUUAUUUAUUAUUAA